UAUUUUUUGCUUUCAAUUUGUAGAACAUCAUUAGUGCGUUAGUGUCAGAAGUUUCCUCUAUAAAAAUCAAUGGCAUUCUGCUAUUUGGCAACAAUUACACAAUCGUGUUCCAACAGUGAAGUCUUCGUGAAGCACUAGUACAAUGAAAGUUUUCGUCUGCAUUUUAGCAUCUUUGGCGGUAGUCAGCGCAGGAGGUGGUUAUCUGCCACGCGGCGGCGGUGGCGGAGGUGGUUUUGGCGGUGGUCAUGGCAGCCAUGGUGGCUUUGCUGGCUCCUCCAGUCACGCCAGCUCUGGAUCGUCUGCACAUUCAUCGGGUGGUGGUUUUGGUGGUAGCGGCGGACAUGGUGGAGCCGGACGUUAUGCCGGCGGUUAUGGUAAAGGCGGUGGAGGUGGCGGUAGCGGCUGGAAGAAUGCUGGUGGCCACUCUUUGGGUGGUGCUGGUGCUGGAGCUUAUGGUGGCGGUGCAGCCUUAGGUGGAGCUGGCGGUUACGGUGGCGGCAGAGGUUUCGGCGGUGGACAUGGUGGCGCCAGAAAUGGUGGCCUCUAUGGCGGUGGCACUUCCAGUGUUUCAUUCCACAGCGGAAAUUCUUUGGGUAGCGGUCACGGUAGUGGUCUGGGCGGUGGAGCAUACGGACCUAGCCAUGGUGGUGCUGGACUCGGCGGCGGUUAUGGUAGCGGUGGCUCCUCAUAUGGUGCAAGUAGCAGCGCUUCUGCCGGUUCUCACGCUGAUUGGGGUAUACCAGCUAAUUUUGAUUACACAGUUAAUCAUGGUUCGUCUGGUGCUGGCAAUGGCGGCACUGGUCUUUAUGGCGCCGGCUCUGGUGGUUAUGGCGGUGGUGCGCACAGUGGCGGCGCUGGAUUGGGUGGUGCUCAUGGUGCUAGCUCUGGAUUUGGUGGUGCUCAUGGUGGCAGUGCUGGUUUGGGUGGUUAUGGUGCCGGCGGUGAUUCAGGAUACGGUUAUGCUGCUGGUAGUAGCGCUUCAUCAGCUAGCUCAGCCAGUUCAGGUGGUUGGUGGAAGAAUUAGUUCGAUGCUAUGACCGUGAUUCAACAGAAAAGCUUUCAGUAAAUACUCUAUGUGUAAUUUGGAAAACAAGGAAAUAAAUAUCUGCAACGAUUUUUAAAUUUAUCAAAA